AUGUCUUUCCAGGCCCCUCGGAACAAUUCCCCUUUUGCCUCCCAGCAACCCUUUCAGAACAACUAUUGGCGUGCCAGUCGAAGCCCCGCGAACAACGGGCUGCCUGGGUAUGGGCUUUCUCCAUCAGCUGGCCUCUCCAACUCCCUGAACACACCCAUUGCCGCCGACCGCACCCUCCCCAUGUACAAGGACAAGCCAUAUUUCGCGCCCCGGCGCACCGGCCCGAGAACCAGGCGGCGGAAGCUCAUCUAUGGCGGACUGUGUGCGCUCGUCCUGCUCGCCCUAUGGUACUAUUCCCGCGCUGCUCAGCCGGAGUGGACGACCCCGGACGCCGCGAAUGGCGAAGAGCUCUGGAAAUGGGUGCAGGGUCUCGACGAGUCCGAUCCCGAGUAUGACGGGAGCUCCCAGACGAAGAUCGACUGGGAUGCCAGGCGGGAGAAGGUCCGAGACGUCUUUACUAUCAGCUGGGACGGAUAUGCGAAGAAUGCGUGGGGUUACGACGAGUACCACCCGAUUUCCAAAUAUGGCCGACAUAUGAUUGCUGGGGGAAUGGGCUGGAUCAUCGUUGAUGCGCUGGACACGUUGAUGAUCAUGAACCUGACCUCGCGAGUGCAGCACGCCCGCAGCUGGAUUCACAACUCGUUGCAGUACAACCAGGAUCACGAUGUGAACACCUUCGAAACAACCAUUCGCAUGCUGGGGGGGUUGCUCUCCGCGCACCAUCUUUCCACCACCUACCCCGAGCUGGCGUCGAUCACGGACGACGAUGAGGGGUCCCCCGGAGAAGACUUGUAUAUCGAGAAGGCUACCGAUCUGGCAGACCGACUGCUGGGCGCCUUCGACUCCUCUACCGGGAUCCCCUACGCCAGUAUCAAUCUCAACAAGUCCGAGGGGAUCCCCUCUUACGCGGAUAACGGCGCCUCCUCCACCGCGGAAGCGACUACCGUGCAGCUCGAGUUCAAAUACCUGGCCAAGCUGACGGGCGAGGCGGAAUACUGGCAAGCCGUGGAGAAGGUGAUGGAAGUUGUUGAUGCCCAGAAGAUGCAAGAUGGCCUUGUCCCGAUCUAUAUCUAUCCGGAGACCGGUCAGUUCAAGGGAGACAACAUCCGUCUCGGCAGCAGGGGCGAUUCAUACUAUGAGUACCUGAUCAAGCAGUACCUCCAGACAUCCGAGCAUGAGCCGGUGUACAAGGAGAUGUGGGACGAGGCCCUUGCCGGCAUGCGCAAGCACCUGGUCACCUACACGCAGAAUGCUCGAUUGACGGUCCUAGGUGAACGCCCUUCCGGGCUGAGCGGCGUGCUCUCGCCCAAAAUGGACCACCUGGUCUGCUUCCUGCCGGGCACCAUCGCCCUCGGAGCCACUGGGGGUAUCCCACUAUCUGAGGCCCGGAAGUCGCCCAACUGGGGCCAACGCCAGGAAGAAGAGAUUCUUCUUGCCCGGGAACUGACCAAAACCUGCUGGGCAACGUACCGGAUCACGCAGACGGGCCUUGCCCCGGAAAUCACCUAUUUCAAGGUGGACGAUCCUCGCGUGAUGGAGGCCGACAUGUACCCCGACUCGACCAUUGCUACGGGCAUCGAGGGCCAGCAAGCCUCUCACGGCGAGCUCCCGCUGCUAUCGAAGCCUCUCACCAGUGACUCGGGCUGGCGCAAGGACUUGGACAUCCACCGUCAGGACCGCCAUAACCUCCAACGCCCCGAGACCGUCGAAUCCCUUUUCUACAUGUACCGCAUCACCGGUGACGAUAUGUACCGCCACUGGGGCUGGGAGAUGUUCAAAUCCUUCGUCAAGCACACGGCUGUGCCUGCUGUCAUCUCCCGGAUCACAGGCUUCACCUCUCUGUCGAACGCGGACACCAUUCCCCCGGACACCCGGGACAACAUGGAGAGUUUCUGGAUGGCCGAGACACUGAAGUAUUUCUAUCUUCUGUUCUCCGACCGGGAUUUCAUCUCCCUGGAGGAGAACGUGUUUAACACGGAAGCGCACCCUCUGCCUCGCUUCAAGCCGACCGGGGAUCUGAAGACGGGGUGGACGAGGAAGAGCCGGACAAGAAGCGAAGAUCAGACCGUGGAGGAGGGUUCGGUAUAA